AUGACCACCAUAACCAACCUUUCCAUGGACCCACACGCCCUCACCUCCGCCAUAAGGGCCUCCACCUUUGCACACGGCCGAGCCCUCCACGCCCGCGCCAUAAUCACGGGCUUGCACACCCACCCCUUCGUCGCCAAUGCCCUCAUUUGUCUUUAUGCGAACCUCGGCUCGCUGGAGCUGGCUCGCCAAGCCUUCAAUGAAACUUCUCAGAAGGACAUGGCCACCCUCACUGCUAUGCUCGGUGUGCAGGCGCAGAACGGUGACAUAACAGAAGCGCGCAAAAUGUUCGACGCGAUGCCUCAAAGAGAUUUGGUGGCUUUCAACGCCAUGAUUUCUGGCUAUGCGCAGGCGGGCCACGCACACGAGGCGCUGCUUCUAUUUGUCAAUAUGCAGAGUGUAGGCUUGCGACCCAAUGCGACGACACUCACCAUUGUGCUCUCAGCUUGUGCGCAGGUGGCCUCGCUUGCGCAGGGCCAGUGGGCUCAUGCUUAUUUGCACCGGGCUCGUGUUGCAUGCACUGUGACACUCAGCAACGCGCUGGUGCAUAUGUACGCCAAGUGUGGCCGGCUAGACCUAGCAUUUCAGCAAUUUGUGAGCAUCAAGCCGAAGAACAUUGAGUCGUAUAACACCAUGAUGACUGGCCUAGCGGUCCAUGGGUGCGGGUUGGGUGCGCUUUCGCUCCUUUCUCAGGUCCUAAAGGUGGACCUAAAGCCCGAUAGGGUUACGUUCCUCUGCACUUUAAUGGCUUGCAGCCAUGCCGGCCUAGUUCAAGACGCGCUCAUAUGUCUAGACUUCAUGAAACGUAUAUUUGGGAUCGAACCUGAUUCUGACCAUUUUGGGUGCGUGGUGGAUGUCUUGGCUCGAGGUGGGCUCGUACAUGAGGCUCACGGGUUCAUGGACGCAAUGCCUUUCGAGCCCGAUGUGCACAUGUGGGGUGCAUUGUGGUGCGGGUGCUGGGCUAGCGGCGAGACACAGCUUGCCGCACGUGCGGCAAGAUGGCUCAUGGAGAUGGACCCCUCAUGUGCGGGACGGCACGUGGGAUUUGCACAUGUGCACGAGAUGGUUGGGGAUAGAGAGGGGGCGGUUAGAAGGAGAGAGAGAAUGGUUGAGAUGGGGGUUGAGAGGAGGGCCGGGAGCAGUUGUAUAGAGGUGGAUGGCAUGCUCCAUCAGUUUUUGGCAGGGGAUGUGUCUCAUUCUAGGGCGAGAGAAAUCUAUGGUAUGGUUGAUGAACUUGAUCGACGGUUGAGAUCUUACGUGGGCGGGGUUUGA